AUGGACGAGGAGAAUAUUUUCAUCCAGCAUGGCAGCCCGCAGUCCGUUCGAAGCUCAAUCUCACAUGGUACCACGUCCCAUUCGCCCUUCUCGUCUGCUGUUUCUCCGACCUCACCUGCGCAGUCAGUGAGUUUGCCAGUUGUACCUCCGACAGAGGCGAUUGGGCUGGCAGAUCUUGACGCUGCGUCUCUAGUUCCCAUGGGCUAUUCUCACCCUCUUAGGAGCAACAGCCAGGGCUCGAUUGGGGAUGUGAUGCCGCGUAGCCUGUCAAUGCUACCCGGGUACAGUCCGGAGUCCUACCAGUUAUUGAGUCAUUACUUGGCCACUACUGCCGACUGCAUGGCCAAUGGAUCGACUCCGGUGAACCCGUUCCUGGUCCAAAUCGUUCCACUGGCGUUCACGAGUGACCUUCUGCUGCAGCUGGUUCUGACGCAGAGUGCGGCUCAUCGAGCGUUCCGUUGCCGCAACGACUCGGAUGAGGUUGCUCAGAGUCACUACACCAAGGCGCUGCAGUUGUUUCGCAAGGGUGUUACCGAUUUUAUUGAUGGGAAGGAGUCGAAUCCGCUUAUGCUUACGGUUGGAGCUUUGUUGAUGUGUUUUACUGAGACUGCCAGAGGAGACAUGAAUGGGACCAUCUUUGACCACCUGUCAGCCGCGAAUACAUUGCUUAUCCGCCUGCUUGCCCAGAGCGACACUGCGGUCCCGAAAGACCUCAAAAACUUUGUCAUUGAGUACUAUACGUACACUGCGACCGUGAGCAUGAUAUCCAUCGACGCACGGGUCAGCCGUCAGCUCUUCCUGAACUUUGACCUAGAGCAGCGAGCGCGCCAGCUGUUAGAAUCGGAAUACAUCGGUAAUCUCUGCGGCUGCUGGCUUGAGCUGCUACUGAUGAUCCCAUGUAUUUUUGACCUGGGACGGCAAUGGAUGAUGGAAGAUGGCCAGCCGGGUCUCCCGACUGCGGACGACAUUGCCAUGUUUGGUUCAUUGCAAGCACAAAUCUUACGCUGGGCGCCUUAUCCUUCGGUAACUCCCGAGGUAUUCCUCGCAGGACGGAUCUUUCAGCAGGCGAUGCUGCUCUAUCUAUAUACCUCCCUGGGUGCAUUCUCACGGUCCGAGCAGGGAAUAUAUCAAGGUCUUAUUGAUGCUGCAAUCACUGACGCGAUGUCCUACCUGCAUCAACUCUCAGCUACUGCUCGUAUCAAUUCAGGACUCUGCUGGCCUAUUGCUGUUGUGGGAUCAUGUCUGUCUGAUAUGGACCAACAAAAUUCUUUACGACAGCGCCUGCACACAAUGGUAAACACCUUUGGUCUUGGGAAUAUGCAACGGACCCUACUUUUGCUGGAACACAUGUGGCAGUUGCCUCUGGAGCAUGCUGGACCAUGGAAUAUCUGUCGGGCUAUGCAGCAGCAUCAAAUCUGGAUCUCGUUCGCGUAA